CAAUUUAUUAAAAAUUUAAUAGUUAUAAAACCGUAAAUAACCAUGCGUGAAAUUUGUCACUUACAAGCAGGUCAAUGCGGAAAUCAAAUUGGUGCAAAAUUCUGGGAAGUCAUAUCCGAUGAGCACGGUAUCGACCCAACCGGGUCAUAUCACGGCGAUUCUGAUUUACAAUUAGAACGUAUAAACGUCUAUUACACCGAAGCGCUUGGUGGUAAAUAUGUUCCUCGAGCAGUUCUUGUGGAUUUGGAACCCGGCACCAUGGACUCCGUGAGGUCGGGCCCAUUCGGUCAAUUAUUUCGGCCGGAUAACUUUGUUUUCGGACAAUCCGGUGCAGGCAAUAAUUGGGCCAAAGGACAUUAUACAGAAGGCGCUGAGCUAGUGGAUUCAGUGCUCGAUGUAGUAAGGAAAGAAGCUGAGAGUUGCGACUGUCUGCAAGGAUUCCAACUGACCCAUUCAUUGGGCGGUGGAACUGGUUCCGGGAUGGGUACACUUUUAAUAUCGAAAAUCCGUGAAGAAUACCCAGAUCGCAUCAUGACCACAUACAGUAUCGUUCCUUCACCAAAGGUAUCCGACACGGUCGUCGAACCGUACAAUUCUACGCUGUCGGUGCACCAGUUAGUGGAGAACACGGACGAGACUUUUUGCAUCGACAACGAGGCGCUGUACGAUAUAUGCUUCCGGACGCUGAAGCUUACGACCCCCACGUACGGCGACCUCAAUCACCUGGUGUCGGCGGCCAUGUGCGGCGUGACCACGUGCUUCCGGUUCCCCGGGCAGCUCAACUCUGACCUCCGGAAGCUGGCCGUUAACAUGGUUCCGUUCCCGCGGCUGCACUUCUUCAUCACCGGCUUCUCGCCGCUGACGUCCCGCGGCAGCCAACAGUACCGCGCGCUCACCGUACCCGAACUCGUCCAGCAGAUGUUCGACGCGAAGAACAUGAUGGCCGCGUGCGACCCCCGUCACGGCCGGUACCUGACCGCGGCCAGUAUAUUCCGCGGCCGGAUGUCCAUGAAGGAGGUGGACGAGCAGAUGCUCAACGUGCAGACGAAGAACUCCAGCUACUUCGUCGAGUGGAUACCGAACAACACCAAGACGGCCGUGUGCGACAUACCGCCCAGGGGGCUCAAGAUGUCGGCCACGUUCAUCGGCAACACGACCGCCAUCCAGGAGAUGUUCAAGCGCGUGUCCGAACAGUUCACGUCCAUGUUCCGGCGCAAGGCGUUCUUGCACUGGUACACCGGCGAGGGCAUGGACGAAAUGGAGUUCACCGAGGCCGAGUCCAACAUGAACGACCUGGUGUCCGAGUACCAACAGUACCAGGAGGCGACCGUCGACGAAGACGGCGAGGGUGACGAGGACGAAGACGCCGACGCGUAGACCACGUCGAAGAAUUAACAUUUACUUAAUAAUAUAUUAACACUUCACAAGAGAUUAACGCGCGCUCGUCCUAUAUGUAUUUUUAUUUUUUAUUGCCAAAUUCAAAAUAUAUGACUAAUUUAUACGCGAAAAAGACUAUUUUAAAUGUUGUAAUAGUUAAAGAUAUCCAAUAUACGGCAACGGCAGUACAUCAAUUGCGAUUUAAACAUUUUAGAGAUGCAAACACCGCGAUCACGUGCAUUUACACGUUUAUAGUGGUAAUAUAAAUUAUAAUAUGCUAAUACAUUUAUAAUUUUUAUAGUUUAAAACACAAUUUAAAUAGACGUUAUAUAUAUAUAGGAAAAUGAAAAUAAUAUGAAAAUGUGGUAUGAUUGUGUUUUCAGAUUUAUAAUAGUAUAGUAUAAUAGUGUAUAGGUAAUAUGAUUCUAACCUUGCAUUCUCGCAAUGAUGUUUUAUUUUGAAUUUAGUUUCUGGUAGUAAUUAGAUUUAGUUGGUUAUAAAGAUACCCAUUGAAAAUUAUGCUUCUUUUAUUUAGGCUCACAAAAUAACUGAUUAGAAACAUAAAGAUAAUUACAAAAAACGAAAUACAAAUGUAUAUACACAUAUUUCAGUGGAAAUGGUUUAAAUCUUUAAUGUCGCUCGGUUAAAUGUUAAAAUCUUUGUUCAAGUGAACGUAAAAAAAGUACCUGUUAUAGUGAAGGUACGCAAUGUUUGUUAUAGAACCAGUACUGCAUCUUUUAGCAAUUUAUUAUCAGAGCUCAAAUUUGUAUAUAUUUGCAUAUUUUAUUAGUUGAUUGUAAUAAGUAAUGUAUGCUAAAUAAGUACAAGACAUAUUUCAUGCAAAGUUGUGAUUUAAAAUAAUACGAUUCCUUUUAGACCAUAUUUGUGCAUAUUUCAACAUUUUACAAUUUUAAGUCAUACGAGUAUUUGAUAUUUAUUGUGGAAUAUUGUAGUAUCGCAUAUUUGCACUAUUUUUUUUUUAAACUUACAUAAUAC